UUUUUUUCCUUCAUUUAAUCAAUUGUUCCAAGUGUAAACAUCUUUAACCAUGUACAUUCGAUAAUUAACUGAUUGAUUUUCAUUCAACGAAAAGAGAUAAUAUUGGAUUAAGUUGUUUAUUUCAUUUUCUUUUUCUCUCUUGAGUCUCUCUCUAUCUAUUGUCAUCUUUUCUUCAAUCAAGUGACUGUUUUUGUUUUUUAUUCUCAACAUUAACUCAGUUUAUGGUAAAUAUUCUACAUGUAAAUGUGUAUCUUCAUAUUGAUCAACCUUCAGAUGUUACCAAAAAAUCAGAUUUAACUGUUUAUCAAUGACAAUGCCCAGAGAUCGAAAUCAACGGCAGAGGAUCGAAACGGCUCUUGCCGUUGUCCUUCGAACACCAGGUCUCUUUAUAAUCGAUUAUUGGUGGCAAAAUGAGAAAAAUAAUUUAUCUCUAUCAUUUGGUGAUGAUUCUAAUUACAUUUCAACAAUUCUCAACAAUAUCACAUUAAUCAAUGGAUUUUUUCUAUUACUGUUACCAAUUUCUUGUAUUCGAUCACUUUAUAUUCAUUUCAUCUGUGGAGCGAUGCUUGUCAGUGGUCACUUUCUUUCCCACUAUUGGGUCCAAGAUGAAACUUCUACCGUCGAUUUCCUGCCGCAAAUAGAUAUAAUGGUGGAUAAAAUGGCCUCUUCAGUUGUCCCAAAUUCGGCUAUUAAACAAAUCUCAUUGCUCGCUGUUCAUGUAUUCAUUGCUGUGAUUGUCUCAUUGUUCCUUCAGGGUCCUCAUAAACCAUUAAUUUCGGCUUUUGCCUGUUACUCAUUGCCCGUUAUCGCUCGUAUAGUCGACUUCUCAGCCGAAUCAGUUGAGAUAAUUCAUCACUUUAGCACUGCCUUGGUAGUUAUCAGUUUAGUCCAAUAUGGAUACAGUCAAUUUCGUGGUUUAUUUACCUCUUUUAAAGGAGCUUUUAGUGAUCUUCUCAGUGAAACUCGAGUUAAUGGAUUUCUUUACCUGAUUGUUUUACUAUGGAAGAAGCUUUUUGUGCCAACACAUUUUCUCCUUUUCUGGUGUGUUGCUUUUCUUGCCAAAGUCUACGAGAAUCUUUUCAUUGAGGAAAAUUCAUCAGAUAUUUAUAAUUUAGUUCUAAGUUCGGCAAGCAGUUUAUGUAUAUCUCCACUUUCAUUGAUAUCCACUGCGGUCACUGUUACGUACAUUUCUUAUUUUACUCUAUGUGGAAUCAAAUUAUACCUUUGGGGUAAACCAGAUUAUGUUGGACGUCAAAGUGAUGUUUAUUUUAACCAAAUUAUACUUCAACAAGCCCACUCAGGUUGGGAAGAAGGAUUGACCACUUUCCUCCUCGCCAUACUCACCGGGAUUACCAAAAUGCAACCUCCAGCACGAAUGGCGGUACUAACAAUUAUCUUAUUCGUUGUUUUAUCCUCUUUACUUCAAUCGAUGCUUGAAAUCGCUGAACCUGUUAUUCUUUCACUGAGCACUUACCACGGACGAAACAUUUUCCAUCAUAUAAAAGUUUUAUUUCUUUGUGCAUUUCUAUUCUUUUUUCCACUCCAUGUAAGUUGGGUACUUGCUAAUCUAUUUCCGGUUGACUUUUGGAUGGCUGUGGUUCUUUCAACUUCCCUUCUCACCUCAGCCCAAGUUCUUGACUUGGUUAUUGUUCAUUGUCUAUUGUGGUAUGAUGCAGUUCGCCAUGAACCUUGGGCUCCACUCGAUGAGAUGGUUUAUUAUGUUCGCAGUGCUACAAAAAUAAUUGAAUUCAUAGUUGCCAGUUGUGUUGUUUUCGUUGGUCUAUUUGAAAGUUUAACCAAUAAAUGGAUUUGGACAAACGCUUUUAUCCUGAUAAUUCACUGUUACUUUAAUGUAAUGCAAAGAUUUCAAGCAGGAUACAAGAGUUUUAUUCAGCGACGUGAAGCAAUCGCCAAAUCAUCUCGAUUACCAACAGCGACAAAAGAACAGCUGAAACAACAUAAUGAUGUUUGUGCCAUUUGUUAUAUUGAAAUGAUUAACGAGAAAGAAUCAGUUGUUAUUCCGUGUCAACAUUUUUUCCAUCGAAUUUGUUUACGUCGAUGGUUGUGCUUCCAGGAAAGUUGCCCACUGUGUUCGGCGAAAGUUACCCUGGAAGAACCAAAAUCUACCGAAACCAAAACUUGAAAUGAGAACAAAAAUAUCAUCAAUCAAAUCGAAAAGAAAAACCUUCUCUUUUUCUCUUGUUGCAUUGAAUUCUAAUCAAUUAUUAAUCACACACAAGAAUAUAUCGAAAAUCAAACGAACAGUUGAUUUUCAAUGUUAACGAAAUACAUAUUGUAACUAAUUAAUUUUUCUAUUUUCUCGCAAUUUGUCGACAAAACAAAUCAUCAUAAUCAUCAUGAAACAUUUAAAGUGAGAGAAAGAAAAAGGAAUUAGCAAAAUUAUGGUUUCAUCGAAAAGAGAAUUUAAUUGCUAAAUAAUCUUACAAUGUAAAUGAACUCCAACUAUUUAAAAAAUCACUCAACUCAUUAGGAUCAUAUUCACAUUCAUACAAUCAAAAUACACACAAAUUAAACGAUAUUAUUGUAAUAAUUAACAAAUUGCGUUGUAGCAAAUUUGACAAACAAUCAAAUCUCUCUGAGAAAAAAAAAAUAAAACCAAAUUGAAUCAACUAUAAAGAAAAA